AUGCGGCAGGCGAAGCUGAAGCCCGACGUCGUCUCCUACAACUCUGGGAUCAGCGCGUGUGGGAAGGGCGAGCAGUGGCACCGUGCUUUGGCGCUGCUCAGUGCCGUGUCGGAGGCGAAGCUGGAGCUCGACAUCAUCUAUCAUACAAGUCUUGGGCCAGCCGCGUGCGAGAAGGGCGAGCAGUGGCAGCCGGCGCUGGCGCUGCUCAGCGAGAUGCGGAAAGCGAAGUUGGUGCCCGACGUCAUCAGCUACAGCGCUACGAUCAGCGCGUGCGAGAAGGGCGAUCAGUGGCAGCCAGCGCUGGCGCUGCUCAGCGAGAUGCGGAAGGCGAAGCUCAAGCCCAACCACUGGUCUCUCCUACAACGCUGGAAUCAGCGCGUGCGAGAAGGGCGAGCAGUGGCAGCCGGCGCUGGCGCUGCUCAGCGAGAUGCGUGGGGCGAAGCUGGAGCCCAACGUCAUCUCUCCUACAUGCGCUGGGGUCAGCGCGUGCAAGAAGGGCGAGCAGUGGCAGUUGGCGCUGGCGCUGCUCAGCGAGAUGCGGAAGGCGAAGUUGCAGCCCAAUGUCAUCUUCUCCUACAGCGCUGGAAUCAGCGCGUGCGAGAAGGGCGAGCAGUGGCAGUCGGCGCUGGCGCUGCUCAGCGAGAUGCGGGAGGCGAAGCUGGAGCCCAAUUCAGCUACAACGCUGGGAUCAGCGCGUGCGGGAAGGGCGAGUGGCAGCCGGCCCUGGCGCUGCUGACCGACAUGCGGGAGGCGAUGCUGGAGCCUGACGUCAUAUCUUCAGCUACAGCGGUGGGACCAGCGCGUGCGGAAAGGGCAAGCAGUGGCAGAGGGCGCUGGAGCUGCUGGACGAGAUGUGGGAGGCGGAGCUGGAGCCCAACGUAA